AUGUCUACUGAUUCUAUUGUUAAGGCCUCUAACUGGAGAUUAGUUGAAGUUGGCCGUGUCGUUUUGAUCAACAAGGGUCAAAAUGCCGGUAAACUAGCUACCAUUGUCGAAGUUAUCGACCAAAAGAAGGCUCUAAUCGAUGGUCCAGCCACCGGUGUUCAACGUCAAGCCAUUCACCUAGGUCAAGUCGUUCUAACUCCAUUGACUUUUGCUCUACCAAGAGGUGCUAGAUCCUCUAUUGUUGCUAAGAAGUGGGCUGCUGCCGGUGUCACCGAAAAGUGGGCUACCACUUCUUGGGCUAAGAAGAUCGCUCAACGUGAAAGAAGAGCUGCUCUAUCUGACUUCGAAAGAUUCCAAGUUAUGGUCUUGAGAAAGCAAAAGAGAUACACCGUCAAGAAGACUUUGGCUAAGGCUUAA